AGUCAUGUGUGUCUUUUGUCCCUUGUCGCGUCAUUGUUGAGUGUCAGAAGCCCAGGUCUGUGUCUUUGUCCUUGUUCCUGUCUCCUAUUCCCUGUUCACGUUUUUUCCUUUUUGGAGUUUUGAGUUUUUGACUAUUAAAGUCCUUUUUUGUUUCCCGAAAAACUCUGCGUUUGAGUCCUGCCUUUUUCCCCACGCAACUUGUUGACACCAGCAUUGCCAUAUUAUUCUCUGUCCGUUUUCACUUUUUAAAGGGUUUUUGUUGUUGUUGUGACUGCAUUGCUGUCUUGUAAUGUGAAAAUAAAUAAGGUCAAUAGUGUCUGCUUGCUGUCUCUUAACUUCUGCUGUAUCUCAUGUGCUUCAGCAGGUGGACUCAUUUACACCAGGAAUAAAAAACAUCAGUUAUCUUAAAACAUUCAAAAGACGUCAUUAUGAAUCACUACCUUGUUGAAAGGUUCAAAGAGAAACUAGACAACUGCCCCAUCUCAGAUUAUCAUGGCCUGAUAAAUCCAGGUCUGACGUGCUAUUUGAACAGCAUUCUUCAGGUGCUGUUCAUGACCGAAGACUUCCGGGAGGCUGUGAACCGAUGCCGCAGUGAAGAUUCAACAACCAUUGACCGACAGCUGAGAAUAAUAUUUGCUCAUUUACAGAAGCAUUUAGCGAAAACAAAUAACCUCACAAAAGAACUGGGCAUCAUAAACAAAUACAAGCAACGGGAUGCAGCAGAGUACUUGGAGAAGAUUCUGUGUUUGACCAGUCCAGAGGCAUCCAAGAUAUUCAGGGGAGAGCUGACUCACAGCGCCACAUGCCUGAAGUGCAAUGAGACAAACGACUCCAGGGGCUUUUUUUGGCUUCUCCCACUGACGGUGGAAGACUUGCCCCAUCAAACCUGCAGUGUGGAAAAUGGGCUGGAGGGAUUCUUCAAAGGAGAAAGGGUCUGCAGGGAGAACAAAGUGUACUGCAACCGGUGCAAGGAAAAGCAAAGUGCAAGAUUUAGAUGUAAAAUGACACAAAGUCCAGAGAUUUUGACCCUUCUGCUGAAGAGAUUCCAAUUUGACUACAAGCUCAGGUGUUACGUGAAGCUUCACCUCAACGUGGAAGUUCCCCAGACUUUACACACACAGCAUUGUAAAUAUGACCUCUACGCUUUAGUUAACCACUUUGGUAGUCUGACAGGAGGUCACUACACUGCUCAUAUCAAGUCUUUUGAAACGCACACGUGGUACCACUUCAAUGACGACAGAGUGAACAGCGUCAUGCCACCACUGUUUGGGACUAGAAAUACCUUUCUGAGGUCCCCUACAGCUUACCUUCUCAUGUACAGGAAGGUCAAGAGACCAACUAAAAAACCUGAUAAAGGCCUCAAGCAGCCUCACUGAAGACAUGAAGAUGUGGAAGCUAAAGGAAGACACAACGAGACGGAGAGAAGACAGACAGUCGUACCUGAUCUAUUCUGCAGGAUGAAAGCUACGAUUUGAAUGGUGAUUUAUUGAAGAAGAGCCACGACAUGAAGUCACUUCACGUUUCCUCCACCUGCUCAGCUUUUCCUUCCAUUCCCGACAGGCCACAAGCGUCGGCAAUGUUGAAGUCGAACAAGUUGUGUGUCGCUAUCACCAAACCUGUGCUUAAAAUCAAUCAGUCCAAAGCGAACUCGCCAUCACACAAACUGGUAAACUGGGAUAGAAAUAACACUGGGUCCCAGAGCGAGAAGAACGGCUGCAGAUAAGGACAAAAUCAAAAUAGAGCCAUGGAGGUGAAGAAUAAAUACAGAUGAACACUUGGGAAUUGCUUAUUUAUGAAAAUAAUGCAGCAGUUGCUGUGUGCAGAAAUUGAGCAUUUCUGUUUAAACGUUUCAAUUGUUAAGACAUGUGUUGCAUCAUGAGUUACUGUAAUGUGGAUAUGGAUAACAAACAGUGUUCAAAUUGGGCUCCUUAUCCCUAAAACACGACUUCUUCAUCACAAACGUUUCCUCUUUACCAUUCAGCCUUAUUUUCUGAGUAAAGUGCUUGUAUUCUUUUA